GCAUCAGCCAUUAUCUGGUCGACAGAUCAGAUUUGUACCGUCCCAACCUUUUCGAACCAGGCGGUAAUUUUACCACGCGCAGGACGACGGCGAUGGCAACCAAGGCAGCGACAACGACGACGACAACGACGAGCAACGAUAGCCCGCGGGACUCGACCGACUCGGAGAGUCCAGUGGAGGAGACGGCCAAGGCCAUGGACGCCAAGCGGCUCUUGAAGCGCAACCAGCAGCGCGACUUUCGGCGCAAGGUCAACCAGCAGCUCGAGUUCCUUCGUCGGCGCGUGGCCGAGCUCGAGGCCGAGCUCGAGAUGCGCAAGAAGGGCCGUUCAAUGCUAUUGCCGUGGAGCCACGUCGAGCAGGCACUGCGGCACGACCUCGCCGAGUGCCAAGCCACGAAUACGGACUUGAACGCGACCGUCCGCGCUCGCGUCGCACUCACGCAUGCCAUGACCAAGUGGCUCCAAUCCAUCUACCAGCCCAUCGAGCGCGGGCCGAACGAGUUACCGACAUGGUUCCGCGCCGGGCUCUGCGACAACGACGAGGCGCGGCGCGCCGUGUGCGACUGGAUCACGCAGCACAUGUACUACCACACCGACUCGGUGCUGCAGCGCAUGGGCUUCCACCCGAGCGACCAGUCGCCGAUGCAAGAAUUCGUCUUUGACACGUCCAAGGGCUACAUCGAGUACAUCUACCGGGAUCGGUGCAUUCAUUACGCGAGCCUCGACCGCGUCCUCGAGGCCUACCGGCGCCUCUGCCACACGAGCACGAUGCCGUUUGUGGCCGCCAACCGGCAGCGCCUCGACGCCUCGAUCCUGGGCGACGAGUUCAUCUACAGCCGCCACCAUGCGGUCAACGACAACCUCGUGCACCGCGAGUUUGUCUCGGAGAACCGCGUCGUCUUUGUCCAGCACAGCAUCCACGACGACCCAAGCACCCGCUGACGCCGCUGCACCGGCACAAGGCCAACUGGAUCGUACUGGAUGUGAUCGGCCCCAACGUGGUCAUGGAGACCAAGGUGUUUCAGAAAUCGCAGACGUGGACCAAAGAGAGUGGGUACCUCUCGCUCCUCGAGGAAGCCAAGUUGAGCGUGUGCGAGCACCACGCCGAGCAAAUGCGGCAAGCGUCGCGGCCCGUCGACGUCAUUUUAAAGGAGCAUCUCGGCGAAGCGUUCUCAACGCUUAUGGAGACCGUCAACGAAGAGCUACAGACGUCCUUGCUGCUCCUGGACCUCAGCGAUCGCGCAUGAUUGAGCACACGAUUACACCGAGCGUUUCAAUUAGACUCUACCCAUUGAUAGACAAUGUGUACAUUGUAUACCAUAGUGCGAUAUAUUAGGUGGACG